AUGAACUAUUACUUCAGUUUAAGGAUAAAGGUCCAAAAUCGUUUGGAUUUCUUCGUGGAGUCCUGGCUGGUGUUACUAAGAGUUUGUAUAGUAGCGUGCGCGUCGGUCUACUUGAAAAAGUUACUCAGCGACUUCUUAGAAGUCCAAGAAGAUACCCAUGUGUGGGAGAUCCUAUAUUCCAAACUAACAGACUAUAAAACCUUUCACACCCUAAUGUAUACUUGUUCUGAUGUUUUUGACUUCUUACCUCUCACCUCUUUAGGGAAUAUGAUUAAAACCUUCUUGAUACCGUAUGUGCUCUUCGGCGUCGUAAAUUCUGUAUAUUACUGGCUGAGUGUGAAAGAGAGAGACGAUGCAGACAGUAAGGAGUCAGACAAGGAGAGACUGAUCGACGACGAGGAUAGUGGCAUAGACAAUAGUUCGGAUUUGAAAAUUAAAAAGAACACAAAUUUGGAUGUUUUGGUUCAAGAUGUAAGGGAUAAGGAAGUGGACGGUUUGGUUCUAUUCAUGAGUCGGUUGUCUGUGGACCCGGCGAUAUUCUAUAAUGUCUCGCAGAUGGUUGUCUAUGGUGUGAUGGCGGCGCUAGUGAUGCGACUUAAACUAUUGUUUACGACGCAAUUGUGCCUGCUGUCAUCUUUAGUAUUCAAGAAUAAAUAUUAUAAUAUUUACCCAAAGCCAGUGUCAAAGUGCAUGAAGGUGAUAUUGGUGUUGGGUCCGGUUCCCAUGCUGUGGAGUCUAGUCAAUAACACGUCCAAAGAGAUGUCACACAUCGGUGAAGAGCGCGCAUACGCAGUGUACAAAAUGUACGGGCGCUUCUCGCCGCACGAACUGUACCAAAAACUUAGUAAACUCCGCGCGACUUAUCUUAUCGUCGAGAACAAGUACUGCUACGGACGCAGCAGAGCAAGUUGUGACGUCAUUACUAAACCUGAUGGCAUGGAUUUCAGUAAGGGGUGCUCCUUCGCAGACAUUUGGGACGUGGAAGCCCCGUCCCUCCGAAAGGAGCCUCGCCUCUGCGACACGCUCCUAACCACCCCGGUGGAGCAUUUCUAUCCCCUCUUCAAGAAUGGCCAUUACUCCGUCUUCCGGAUUCACGAUGUUAGCGUGCGGUAUAUGCCCAGGAGUUUCGAUACCUGA